AUGUGGUACUGUCGUGGUUCGAUGAGUGUUUUGAAAAACCGAAAAGACAGUAAAUUAUGGAAGAGAUUUCAGAUUCCUGAAGUUCUUUUCAAGUCGAUUUCGGAAGAACGACAACACAACUUCGAGUCAGUCUGCGUGAAUUUCGACAGUGCACCAGUGGAGUGCUUCUUCAGAUCAAUUUUCGAACUUGGCGUUCUCUCACCUCAGUUGGCCAAUCAAUUCCUAGAUGAUGGUGUAUCGGUGAAACCGGCGGAUAUCGAACUGAAUGUGAAGAUAGCGAUGGCGUUUAUUGACUCGAUGCGAGUGGGCACUCCGAAUGAUCGGUUGUUGGCGACGUGUGAUGUGCUCGAUAAACUGUUGAAUGUGCUCGACCCGUCGCUCGAAUUAAAUCCAGUCACAUUUUACAAUCAGUCAACUGUUUAUGGUUUACGUCUGGUAGCAUCGUUAAAGAUUUUGGGUGAUGCAGUGAUUCUGACUCAGCGAGAUGUCAAAAAGGAGCCGAGUCGAAGGAAUCGAGAUAUAUCAGACAAGUUGUUAUCGGUGUGGUGUCAGCGAGCGAAGUCGCAUAUUGAACGUGAACUGAUCGAUUUGCGUAGAAGUCGUCUACGUUAUGUUCCAAAUAUAAGAGAUCCACUUCCCAUACCAGAUGACGUUAAGAUCGAUCGAUUGUGUCGAGUUAAAACGGAAUUGGCGGAAUUGUUCUCGAUUGCAGUUAUGAUCAGCAAAUGUGUUGACGAGGUUAGUGAGUUGGUUGAUCGCAGUGCAGUCGUUCCGUGUUUCAGUACACAUGGUAUUUAUAUAUCUUUCAAGACAUGCAGGCAGUCUUUUGGUAGGUGA